AUGGAUGAACUGCUCGUUCACAACGGCAGCUCCCCCUCCUCAUUCUUGACCACCGAUCUCCCCAAUGUCACAGGCUCCUUCUCGAUCCUCCGCAAUCUCCUCUUGCCCAACAUAUGCCUCUCCUUUGUCAUUGCGCUCCAAUUGAAACCGCAUGUCAGACUAGCUUGCUUCGUCGCGUACUCCUUUACUCUCGUGAAGGGAUUCACUUUGUCCACCGGCGAUAGCCUGCGUGACUACUCUAUGGGAUCUGCGAUCUCCAGCGACCUCGCGACUGCCAUACAUAUGCUCUGGCUGACGGAUCCCGUAUCUGACUUCUCCCUUGAGAAGGAUAGCACCCACUUGGCGUCCUUACCAUUCUUGAAACGAUGGUAUUGGACGCUGUGCGCCUUAUAUAGCCCUCGGGGUGUGGGAUGGAAUUAUCAGGUUGCAAAUGUACCGCCAGCUUCGGCUCAAUCACGUUGGCGCUUCGUAGCAAGGCAGCUGCUGCGAGCGUUCACGUUCUACCUUCUGGUGGACUUCGCUCAGACCUAUAUUCACUCAAACCCGUUAUUCACCAACCCCAGACCCGGAGCAUCACCGUUCGAUAUUCACUCCCAGGGCUACUUCUGCCGUUGCGUUAAUAUUAUCGCGUGGCUCACCCUCGCACAUGGCUCCUUGAACAUGCAAUAUUUGGCACUCUCGGCUUUCUGUGUGUCUUCAGGCGUAUCGGAGCCAAGGUAUUGGCCUGAUUUGUUUGGAGAUUGGAAGGAGUGUUACACAGUCAGGCGGCACUGGGGAGUCACCUGGCACCAACUCAUGCGUCGUUACACUUCCUCCAUCGGGAGAUAUUCCGCUCAAACCCUUGGGUGUAAGAGGGGUACUACCAGCUCCUCGUACAUCCAGCUAUAUGUCGGCUUCCUUGUAUCGGGUCUGGUGCACAUCGGCGGGGACGCCAUGGUGGGCAAACAAUACCUCGGUGCAUCCUUCCCGUUCUUUCUCGCUCAGGCAGUGGCAAUUACGUUGGAGGACGCCGUGAUUGCCUUCGCGAGCCGAGUGGGCCUUAAAAAGCGGUGUCCGCGAUUUUUCGGCUAUGUGUGGGUUUUCGUCUGGUUCAGUAUUUGUCGGGCGUGGUAUAUCCAGUGGGCGGUGGAUGCGGGGUUAGCAAAGACACGUCCUCUGAAGCUUUCUAUAGUCCAGACAGCUUUGUAUACGUUUCACAACUCUGAAUAA